AUGCGGUUGCUGAGAUGGCGCUGCGCUCUUUUGAUCGCGACGCUGGCCGCCAGCAAUGUUGUCAGCCCUGCAAACAGUCAAGACUCAUCUCUCACUUCGGCCGGCGACGACGUCGAGGACACCAGCAGCAGCUCGGACCCAGCCCCGAAGCCAACGCCUGCCGUCGCGGAGAUAGACCCUUCCGAUGACCCCCCUUCAGAUGAUACUCCGAGCCCUGUUGAGGAGGAGGAAGAGGAAGAGGACGAGCCCACCCCGAGUCCGGUCGAGGAGGAGGAAGAUACCCCGGCGCCUGUGGAAGAUGAGUCUGUCGAUACACCCGCACCUUCCACAGAGGAGGAGGACGCACCCGAGACUCCAGCCCCGGUGGAGGAGGAGGAGGAGGAGAAGACGCCAUCCCCUGUAGAGGACAUCGAAGAGACGCCGCAGCCGACUCCGGGGGAGGAAGAGGCGGAGGAAACGCCUACGCCGGUAGAGGAAACACCGUCCCCGGUUGAGGAAGUCGAGGCAACGCCCGCGCCGGUUGAAGAAGUUGAAGAGACGCUGCAGCCGACUCCAGAGGAGGAGGAGGACGAAACGCCCUCGCCGGUAGAGGAAACGCCGUCCCCGGUGGAAGAACUUGAGGAGACACCGCAGCCGACUCCGGCGGAGGAAGAGGCGGAGGAAACGCCGUCCCCGGUGGAAGAAGUCGAGGAGACACCGCAGCCGACUCCGGCGGAGGAAACGCCGUCCCCGGUGGAAGAAGUCGAGGAGACACCGCAGCCGACUCCGGCGGAGGAAACGCCGUCCCCGGUGGAAGAAGUUGAGGAGACGCCGCAGCCGACUCCGGGGGAGGAAGAGGCGGAGGAAACGCCGUCCCCAGUGGAGGACAUAGACAAGCAAGAGACGCCUGCGCCAACCGAAGCGGAAACCCCGGAGCCCACGGAGCCGGCCACGCCGGAGCCGACGGUGCGAUGGACGUACGCCCCCGCGGACCCUUGGACCGAGUCGCCAGAAACUCCCAUCCCCGUUGCCGACGAACUAACCGAUGCCCCUGUCAUCGACGCCACCGAAAAUCCGGCCUCGGCCGAAACUCCCGCCCCCGUUGCCAUCAUAACCGAUGCCCCUAUCAUCGACGCCACCGAAAAUCCGGCCUCGGCCGAAACUCCCGCCCCCGUUGCCAGCGAACGAACCGAUGCCCCUGUCAUCGACGCCACCGAAAAUCCGGCCUCGGCCGAAGCUCCCGCCCCCGUUGCCAGCGAACGAACCGAUGCCCCUGUCAUCGACGCCACCGAAAAUCCGGCCUCGGUCGAAACUCCCGCCCCCGUUGCCAGCAUAAUCGAUGCCCCUAUCAUCGACGCCACCGAAACGCCGGCCUCGGCCGAAACUCCCGCCCCCGUUGCCAGCGAACGAACCGAUGCCCCUGUCAUCGACGCCACCGAAAAUCCGGCCUCGGUCGAAACUCCCGCCCCCGUUGCCAGCAUAAUCGAUGCCCCUAUCAUCGACGCCACCGAAACGCCGGCCUCGGCCAAAACUCCCGCCCCCGUUGCCAGCGAACGAACCGAUGCUCCUGUCACCGGAGAGACCGGAAGGACGGCCACGGGAGAAACUCCCACCCCCGUUACCGACACCCCCGUUACGGCUGAUCCAGUUGCUCAACCAGAGACCGAACCUCCUACGGGAACAGCCACGCUCCUCCCAACUGUAGAUCCCACUUUAGCGCCCACCGUCAAGUAUGAUCAGAGCGCAGCUGUGGCGGUUCCGAUGCGAGCGACGACCGGCCAACGAAAGGUUUUUCCGGGAACCACCGCGCGAUAG